GGUCAGUGACGUCAACCUAAGGGGCGGGGCUGGAAACUCGUUAGUGUGCGUAUUGUCUCUGGUGCGCACAGGUGAUCAUCAGUGAGGCGGCGGAUCGGGGAGAACAUGGGCAAGCUUCAGGAGUUUGAGAUCGCGUUCGACAAAAACAAGGUGGUGUACAGUCCGGGCGAGUCCAUCUCCGGGUCCGUGACCAUCAAGCUGGGCCAGCCGCUGCUGUGUAAAGCCAUCAAAGUGAACUGCAAUGGUUUCUGUGGCAUCACCAACAAGGUAAAUGACACAGCAUGGACGAUGGAGGAACAGUACUUCAACAGCACCGUCUCUGUGGCAGACAAAGGAACCCUGAAACAGGGAGAACACACUUUUCCCUUCAAGUUUCUCAUACCAGGCACUGCGCCCACAUCUUUUGAAGGCAACUAUGGGAAGAUCGUUUACAGAGUGAGGGCUUUCAUUGACACGCCGCGCUUUGCUAAGGACUACAGCACAGAGAAGGCUUUCUACCUGCUAAGCCUUCUAAACCUGAAUGAACUGCCAGACAUAUGGGGAGCCUGCUCAUCUGAAGUGACCCAGCAGUUUACCUACAUGCUGGUGAAAACAGGCACAAUAGUGCUGAAGGCCCAGACAGAAAUGAAGGGUUACACACCAGGCCAGAUCAUCCAGGUUAUGGCAAACAUCCACAACCAGUCUGGGAAGACCACAGGCAACAUGGCUGCGAGCCUGAUGCAGAGAGUGACCUACGAGACAAAGAAACCCACCCAUGACGUGAGGACAAUUGCGGAUGUGGAGGGUGGUGUGGUGAAGGCCGGCAAGAUGGUGGAGUGGAAGGAGCAGAUCAUUGUUCCUCCUCUUCCUCAGUCCUCCCUCACUGGCUGCGAACUCAUAAAGAUUGAAUAUUAUGUCAAAGUCAGUCUAAAGUCUCCUGACGUCAUGCUGAUGUUACCCAUCCACAUUGGGAAUGUCUCACUCGACAAAAAAGUGCGGCCUUCCAAAAGAGCAGCUCCACCCUCCUCUGCUGCAGCUGAAGAUGUACCAGUCUCUACCUCUACACCUGACUCGUCCACCUCCACCGCUGCUACCACACCCACAGUGCCCCCUCGCUCUGCACCAAAACCUGCUCCCCGCCCCGCGCCACGCUCCAGGAUGUCCUCCCAUAAUUCCCCCAGUGCUCCUCCAGCUGAGUACCACCAGGGGGCAGAGGGUGGGAACGAUGGCUUCCCCAACAAACGCCAGUCACAGCUGGUGUCACCCAAUGCUUUCAGCUAUGCCCCUGGCCUCUUUUUCCCCCAGAACCAGCAGCCCAAUGGGCCCGGCCCUGCGCCUAGUCAGCCUGUCUUCAGUGGGUCCACGGUGACCACAGCACCAUACCCUCCCGAGGGUGCUAGCUCAAUGCCGGCGCCACUCAUCCUGCCUCCAGACUAUGGCAGCUCGACAUAUCCACAAGAGGCUCCUCCUUCUUAUGAUGAGAGCUGCAACACAUAAGGUGGGUGAAGAGGCGGGAACCUUCCACCAGGAUGACAAUCAAUUCAUGCUGAUUUCCAUCAAAAUGCAAUCCAUGUACCAUGUUGGUGCAUUUCCAUGCUUGAUGACUGCAAGACACAGUGGAAAUGUCAUCUGAUAUGUUUUAGGGGGUGCUGUAGAAAGAAUCUUCAUUUUGAACUGAAAUGAAGGUGAAUUGUACUAAAAAUGUUGCCCAGUGAACAAGUGUCUUCACUAAUCAAACAGGGAUUAUUCUGUCCUUCAUACCAGCCACAGCCAAUCAACACAACCUUUUUUUUUUUUUUUUUAAAAAAACUUCUGAUGUACUUUUAGCACUUUGAAUGAAAGAUAAGAGAGGGGGAAUGUGCAGAAAUGUUGUUGGCUCUGUUUUGUACAGGAACCAUGCUUUUAGUUGUGGAAUAUUUAGAUGGCAUCUGUGAUGUCAAGUGUGAAUGUUUGACGCAUGUAAACCUGGAAAACCAAACCCAUCUGCCUUGAAAUUUAGUCUGAAAGCCAAGUAAGAAAUUAACCUGUGAAAUUAGCUUCUUUAUUGAAAACGAGUGAAACGAUCUCUGUUCAUAUUUUUCUUUGAUUUGAGUUAAGAGUUUUAAUAUUUAAGACUUAAUGGGACAGUUUGUUUGGAACAAUCUUGUUUAAAAUGCCAUUGAUCAGGAGUUGACUAUUUUAUGAUGAUAAUGAACAAUCUAGAUACUGCUGUUGCCUUUAUCUACCUAUUGCUUUGUACGGGUAGAAUUUAUGAUCACCUUUGGCCUCUGAGGAUUUCUGCCUUGUUUGCUGUGUUUCUUCCUAGUUCUUGAACCAGUGUGGGAUGUUUCUCUACAUGAACGACAUCUCUUUUUUGGUCUGAAUUCUUUUAGUAGCUGUACAAUAAUGCAACAUCCCUCUCAGUUGAGGUUUUCUGUGGCCUUUCCACAUGUUCUGUCUUAAUCAUAGAAUUUUGAAAUAAGUUUUCAUGUUCCUUAAUUAAGUUGAAUCCAUCGAAUCUGCCGGAAGAUAAUGUUAUAUUUAUUUAUUGUGUGUUUUCCAACUGCUGUCUGGAAUCCAAUAAAUCUGUUAAAACCA